AUGUCAUCACUUUUAGAUUAUACUCCAUUGGAAGAGAUCCCAAAACACGUUAACGCAUUAAAGAAAUCAUUCCGUCAGCAAAAGACAAGUUCAAUUGAAUUUCGUUUAAAUCAAUUACGUGCUUUAUACUAUGCUAUCAAAGAUAAUGAAGAUGUUAUUAUUAAAGCUAUUCAAAAAGACUUGAACAAAUCUGAAUCUGAAACUCAAUUAACAGAACUUGCUGUUACUUAUGGUGAUAUUUUAAGUUUAAUCAAAGAAUUACCAACAUUAACUAAACCAAAAAAUGCAAAAGGUACAAAUUUCUUAUUUAAACCAAGUUCUCCAAAAAUUGAAAAAAUUCCAUUAGGUACAGUAUUAAUCAUUGCACCUUUUAAUUUCCCAAUUAAUUUAACUUUACAACCAUUAAUUGGAUCUAUUGCUGGUGGUAAUACUACAGUUUUAAAGCAAUCUGAACAAAUUCCAAAUACUUCUCAAGUUUUAACUGAAAUUCUUACUGAUGCUUUAGAUCCAUCUAUUUUCCGUGCUAUUAAUGGUGCAGUACCAGAAACAAAUGUUUUAUUGGAACAAAAAUUUGAUAAAAUCUUCUUCACAGGUUCUCCAACAGUGGGUAAAAUCAUUGCACGUAAGGCAGCUGAACAAUUAACACCAGUUGUUUUAGAACUUGGUGGUAAAUCUCCAAGUUUUGUUACAAAAUCAGUAAAGGGAAAUAUUGAUGCUGUUGCUAAAAGAAUUUUAUUUUCAAAAUUUACAAAUGCAGGUCAAAUUUGUGUUGCAACUGAUCAUAUCCUGGUUGAUGCUUCAAUUCAUGAUGAAUUGGUAAUUGCAUUGAAAAAAGCCGUUGAUGAGUUAUAUCCAGCUGAUGUGAAAACAUUUGGUAAAUUAGUCAAUGACAAUGCUUGGGAAAGAGUUAUUGGUCUUGUUAAGAAGACAAAUGGUGAUAUUAUUCAUGGUGAUUUAUCACUUGCAAACAAACAAGAAAGAUUCGUCCCACCAAUUAUUGUUGAUAAUGUUUCAUUCAAUGAUUCAUUAUAUAGUGAAGAGAUUUUCGGUCCAGUAUUACCAAUAAUCAAAUAUACUAAUUUAGAUGAUACAAUUGAUCAAGUUAUAACAAAUCAUGAUACUCCAUUAGCUUUAUACAUAUAUUCUAAAGAUAAAAAGGAAAUUAAAUAUAUAUCAUCUCAAAUAAGAUCUGGUGCUUUAUCUAUUAAUGAUAGUAUGAUUCAUGUUGGAUUAUCAAAUAUUCCAUUUGGUGGUAUUGGUAAUUCAGGUUAUGGUAAUUAUCAUGGACAAUGGUCAUUUGAUGCAUUUACUCAUGAAAGAGCUCAAUUGAGUAAUCCAUAUUGGACUGAAAUAUUAUUUGAUGCCAAAUAUCCACCAGUUAGUAAUUUUGAUUUAGCAAAGAGUAAAUUCUUUUUAAUUCCAACUCCAACUUUUGGUAGAACUGGAAGAGUUAGAGAUCAUAAUUAUGGAUUAGCCAUCAUCACUAUAUUGAUUGGAUUGAUCGGUUUAGCUGUUGGAUUUUUUGAAAAAAGACAAUAG